GUACGCGAGACUAGACUGAAGCAAUGGCGGCAUUCUAUGAUUUUGUGCUUUACAUUGUGGCGCUCAUCGUUCCUUCGCUUGUUGCAAUUGUUGCUGUUGUUGUUCACAAGCUCGGCAUCAUCGACGCUUGGUUUUUCAAUCUAACUGAAGAAGAGAAGAAGAGAAAUGGAGGAGACUUGGUUGCUGCAAUACUGAAGGAACACGGAGUGAAGUUUGUUUUUACUCUAUGCGGUGGCCACAUCUCACCCAUUCUUGUCGGAUGUGAGAAACUUGGCAUACGGGUGGUUGACACGAGACACGAGGCGACGACUGUGUUUGCUGCUGAUGCUGUGUCACGUUUGUCUGGUGUGAUUGGUGUUGCUGCUGUGACUGCUGGUCCUGGUGUGACCAACACUGUGACUGCUGUGAAGAAUGCUCAGAUGGCACAGAGUCCUGUCUUGUUGCUUGGUGGAGCGGCACCGACGUUGUUGCAGGGACGAGGCGCUCUGCAGGACAUCGACCAACUCAGUAUUUUCAAGCCCUUAUGCAAGUAUUGUGCAAGUGUGAGGAGAGUACGUGACAUCAUUCCAACACUGAGGCAUGCACUCUUCAUUGCUCAAUCAGGAACACCCGGUCCCGUCUUUGUUGAACUCCCAGUCGACGUUCUCUACUCGUACUCUGCCGUUGCUAAGGAAUUCCUCAAAGAGAAUCCGAAUGCAAAUUUUCAGCAAAGGAUAUUUCAAUGGUAUGUUACGACGCAGAUUAAUGCAUUGUAUGCGAGGGCUUUUGAGCCUCGGGAACUCACACCGCUGCCUGUUAUUCAGAUGAUGCCGACCACAUCGGACAUCACUGCAGCAGCUGACAUACUCAGCAAAGCCAAGAAGCCAGUACUUCUCAUCGGAAGUCAAACUCUUCUCCCUCCACAGCCGGCAGACAGAAUACAACAAGCUGUUGAGUCUUUAGGUGUUCCUUGCUUUCUGGCUGGAAUGGCUCGUGGGCUGCUUGGCAAGAACAGCAAGCUUCAUAUCCGACAACGUAGGAGAGAUGCAUUGAAAGAAGCUGAUGUUGUUAUUCUAGCUGGAACGGUUUGUGACUUCCGAUUGGGUUAUGGCCGUUUGCUCAGUAGAAAGUCUAAGAUUAUUGCCGUUAAUAGAGACUACGAUCAACUGACUAAGAAUUCUCCAUCACAAUGGAGAGCAACUCUUGCCAUCGAAGCUGAUGCUGGAAGUUUCCUUGUGUCAUUGGCUGAUGCCAUGUCUAGUUACGAGUGUUCUGGAGAUUGGCUGAAGAUGCUGAGAGAUCGAGAUGCGGAGAAGGAGGAAGCAAAUAGGAAAAAGGCAGACCAGCCAGCUACAAAGUACUUAAAUCCACUCAAACUUCUUUACUGUGUGGAAGAAGUAAUGGACAGUGACAGCAUUAUUGUUGUAGACGGAGGAGACUUUGUAGGCAGUGCAGCUUACAUUUUGAGGCCUCAUGGACCAUUGAGUUGGCUUGAUCCUGGAGCAUUUGGGACGUUGGGUGUUGGUGGAGGUUUUGCUCUCGGGGCUAAACUAUGUAGACCAAAAAGCGAAGUGUGGAUUAUAUACGGAGAUGGGUCACUAGGAUAUAGCGUUGCUGAAUAUGACACGUUUACUAGGCACAAGCUUCCUGUUAUUUCGGUCAUUGGCAAUGAUGCUGCUUGGACCCAAAUACUACGAGAGCAGCUGCCGAUGUUGGGAUCUAACGUCGGCUGUGUGUUGGCGCAUUGUGAGUAUGAGAAAGUCGCUGAUGGAUUUGGAGGUGUCGGCUUUAGCCUACAAGAUGGUGACGAAAAUGACAUACGACGCGUCCUAGAAUCAGCAGUUGCAGCCACCAAGGAAGGCAAACCGUCACUCAUCAAUGCUUGGAUAGGAAAGAGUGACUUCCGGGAUGGUUCGAUAUCAAUGUAGUUUGUGGGAUUGUGAGUACUGCAGGAACAGAUGAGGAGAUCACAGCUGAUUGGACGUGGACGCUAAUCACAUUUAUUGAUGUGCAUGUUGGUUGGUCGUGAGAUGGCUUGGUGGACUGUUGCAUUGUGAUUAUCAAUUAAUUAUUGAUAUAUUUGC